AUGGAGGCGGCAGACGCAGGUAUCGGUAGAACAGAGGAGAGGGUGUACGGUGGGGAUGAAGGACUGGGAAGAGCGAAGCUAAGGGUGAUGGUGGCCAUGGAUGAAAGUGACUCGAGCUUCUACGCUCUCACCUGGGUGCUUGACCACCUCUUUAUCAACGCGCCAAGUACUGCCGUGGAAGGCGUCGAGCGGGCAGCGGGGAUGGUGACGGUGGUUCACGUUAUGAAGCCGUUUCAGCACUUUGUGUACCCUGCCGGUGGAGCACCCGCUUUUGCAAACGCGUCGGUGGUCAUGGAGUCGGUGAAGAAAUUUCAAGAGGAGAGUUCUGCGGCCAUUCUCUCCCGCGCUUUGCAGAUUUGCAAGGAUAGAAGGGUUAAAGCUGAAGCUGUGGUUAUGAACGGAGAUCCAAAGGAGAUGAUUUGUCAAGCCACGGAGAAGAUGCAUGUAGAUCUUCUUGUAGUAAGUAGUCGUGGUCUGGGAAUGGUGAAAAGAGCAUUCCUAGGAAGUGUGAGCAACUACUGCGCACAUCAUGCAGCAUGUCCAGUCAUGAUCCUAAAGCCACCAAGGGGUUCUGGACCAAAGAUGUCUGCAAAGUAAGCGGGGACAAUCUGAUCAGAU